CAGUCGCCGUCGAGAGCAAACAUGUUCCUGAGCAAAGCAUUCGUCGUUCUCCUCGUCGCUUUCUUGGGGCCCUCGUGGUUUCCAGGAGAUGGAUUUGUUUCUGCGAGUCCAUUACCACAAUUGAAUCCAACGAACUCUCAGGCGCCGCUGAAUACAAAUUCAGUCCCGAUCCCAGGGUCUCAUAAUGGGUACGGCUAUAACUCAUCAUCUCUUCAGUACAACUCACCCUCACAGCAGUAUAAUCCACCCCCACAGCAGUACAACGCACCUCCACAGCAGUACAAUCCACCCCCACAGCACUACAACCCACCUCCACAGCAGUACAAUCUACCUCCACAACCAUACUACCCACAGCAACCGCAAGUGAUGUACCCACAACAACCACAAGUGAUCUACGUUCAGCCUCAAAAUCAAGGUCCAAAGAAACCUCCUCUCUUACGGACCUGGGAUGGUCUCAACGAUUGGGCUCAGAACAUCGCUAUGGGAGCUUUGGGACAAAACCCUCUGAAAGAAAGUAAGAAUUAAAAAAUUGUAUAGGAGCCAAGUGUGGGAGAGCCAUGCUUCGA